AUGGUGUCACUCAUGCCACUCAAGCUCGUAGAGGUUAAACAUGGAGAGCUGCCAAGCUGCUACUGGUGCAGAAUUUCAGCUGCAGUGGCACUGUGGGAGCCUUUCAGAGGUUACAGCCAGCAACGCAAGCACAUCAACGCCUGGAAAGGCAGCAUCACAGGGUUUAACAUGGUGCUGGCAGCCUCUCUGGUUUCUAGCUACUGCCUUUCUUACAAGGAACUCAAACAUGAGAGGUGCAGAAGUACCAGCGUAGAGAGGUCAGCACUUAUCACCUGA